AAUCAAAUGCCAGGCAGUCGAGUCGGAUAUUUGCAUUGAUUUGCUAUAGUUUACGAAUUCACGUCAAAUAUGAAAUUUUUCAUUUCGUUUGCUUUCCUGUGUUUGGUGCUUAGCUGUGUUGCGGCUUUAUCACCCGAUCAAGUCGAAUCUAGACUUAAAAGUUAUGUUGAAAAACGUUCGUUCACUUUAUUACGUUCCGGACGUGUUUCACGUGCCGGUACAAACACUGUGCAAUGCUACGAUAAAUACGUCCCUCUAAUACGACAGGCGGCGGCUGAUGGAAAACUUGCUUGUGAUAAAUGCGCACAGGAGGGUCAAAAUGCCAGAGAAGAAGAAACGAAAAAGUCUGAAGUGAUACGUGAAUCAUUGAAUAUUAAAGUCUCAAGUAUUGAAAACGGCUUAGGAUCCUGUGUAGCCAAAUAUGAUGUAUUGGAGUAUUUCACUUGUCUGAGAGAUCACGCAUCCGAAAGUCAAACGACUGCUGCUGAAGUUGGGAAGACUGCAGCUGUAAUUGUUGAGGGCUUAAAUAUUGUUCUGACGAAUAUUGACUUAAGGGAAAAGUAUUGUACUGAUCAAGCUUUCGAGCAAGCUCAGGAAAAAACUGACGCAUUAUUUAGUGAAUUGGAGAAUUGUUUAGUUGAGGGUUUGCCAGAACCAGAGCCUGAACCAGAGCAUAUGGCUAUGAACAUGAUUAUUAAUAAGAUUAUGGCUAUGGAUACAAAUACGGCUUUAUAUAUGGCGUUGGCUAUGAUCAUGAAUAUGAAUAUGAAAGUCGAUAUGAAGAUGGUUGUGGAUAUAAACAUGAAAGGCAAUACGAAAAACUUGAAUGAAAAUAUGACUACGAACAUAGAUAGUUAUGAAUAUAAAUAUACUUUGAAUAUGAAUAUGAAAUUGAAUAUGACUACAAGGAAUGACGGCAUCACAGUGUUGACGGCAAGAGCACAGGCCUCAACUCAAUUAGGUUCAGUAUUUAGAACCGACGAUGACGAAUUUGUUCCAUUGGAAAUCAAAUCGUACUCGUCGCCAAUUAAUUCGCCUGAAAUUACGAAAACCUCUAAAUAA